UGCUUAUACGUGCCUCGACUAAUGCCGGAACGUUGUUCCGUUGUGAUGUUCAGUCAAGUUCAAGCGAGUCGAGAGUUCCAACCGUUUUUUUUCUGCCUCCGUCAACAUCAUCGUCAUCGUCGUGCGCGAUCACGAGGUGGAGAAUCGUUGCUCCCACGCGUUCCCUACUUCUUCGCGAAACCGUCGAGGAACCUGGAGAUCCGACGUGAUCCAGUGAUCUACGCGUUCGGCAGGGUAACGUUUCACUUCAAGAGUUACUCCACUUAUCAACGCGUUGCGUUGUAUAUAUUUGUAUAUACAGGUGUAUUUUUUGGUGCAUAAUGUGAAGAAAAUUUUGACGUUUGUUCAAAAUUUCAAGUGCGUCAAGAUAAUUAAGCUGCAGUGAAAUUCACCGUGCAAUUUAAAAUUUGAUUUAUGUUAUAAAAGGAACACUCAUUAAAUACAUUCGUUUGCCAGUGUUUUUAAUAUUAAAAUUUCAUGAAGUUGGAUGAUGCUACCAAUUAGGGACGAAGCAAUAAUUGCAAAUUCGAGAACAAACUCUUGGACCAAUAUCUGGCUUUAUCUUAGCAUCGAAUUUUUAAUUGGCGCUAUAAUUUCUGGUUUUUCAACCAUUCUUAAUGCCGUAAAAUCGCUGCUGCCAAAACCACCAAGGGAUCUAACCGGAGAUGUAGUCUUAAUUGCCGGUGUCUCGUCGACACUCGGCGAAUCCCUCGCCGAGGAAUUCGCGAAGGGCGGAUGUUCUGUGAUCUGCGUGGAUAAGGAUCUCAGAUACGUUGAAGAGAUAAUCGCCCGGUUGAGGUCGCGGUGCUGCAGAGUGGAGGGAAUCGGGCCAAAUUACAGAAAACACGAGUUGGAAAACGAGAAGCCUACAAUGAUAGCGUACGAGUGCGACCUACUGGACCGUAAUGCCAUUCGUGAGAUCGCCAGGAAGGUCGAAGACGAGGUCGGCGGCGUCGAUGUCCUUGUCACAUGUGUUGGUCGGCCUAAUCAAGAUAUCUUCGACAUGGCUAGCACGACUCUUAUGAGCCACUAUUGGAUGAUGCUAGCAUUUUUACCUUCGAUGCUACGGCGCGAUAGAGCGUAUGUUGUCGGAGUCACGCCGGUUGCAUCCACUCAGGAUGCAUACUUGGGCUCGAGAGCAGCGAUCGCCGGCCUGAUGGAAAGCUUGGGUCAUGAAUUGAGCGAUCACAGUAGUCACCUCACCUUCUUAGCAAUUUCACCGGCCGCAGGACAUGGUUGUACGAGAGAAAAAGAGCAACAAGUGGCCAAAGAAGUUGUGCAGGCGAUCAGCAGGGAUCAAUGCAUUAUUCGUAUUAGUUGGUACUCAAAAAUUCUAUAUAGAAUAAGCUGCACGAUCCAUAGUGCAAUAACGACGGUCACACAAUGGCUUCACACGCAGGGAUGCGAUUAUUCCUUUUAAAUUCUGUUCUUGCUCAUGGAGCGUGAAGCAUUCCAGUGCCGACCACCGACAUGAGUGUGGGAAUUUGUGUUUUCUGUCAGCGAAUUCGCUCGAGAUGGAUAACAAAAAAGUUUAAUAGUCGUUCGAAAGACGAGUAGCAAAUAAUAUCAUACUUUCUCACGACUUGUGUAAAUUUAUUCCGAUAUCUCAGUUAAUUAUUCAUAUAAAUUCUAAUCAUAGCAUUAAAAAUUAGAAUUACAUUUUAAAAACUUGUGCAAUUUUUAUGUAAAAAUUUUCUGUUUAUAAGAAGAUAUUGCUUUCACACUUUUUAAUAUAUUUUUACAUACACGCAGCAAUCACUCAUCUUUUACUAUCUAUUGUACAAUGUUAUGUGCAUGGAUCUCAUUUCUCUAUAUACUUGUUUAAAUUAUUUAAUAAAGAGAUAGCAAACUGAACCAAUUAAA